CUUUUUUUAUAAAUUUCAGUGUCGCAAAAAACAAGUCUAUGUUGAAAGAGCUGCACAGCUGCAGAAGGCACUAGCUAAUUUGCAGGUAGCAAGUGAUCGUCGGUUGCAGAUGGAGAAGAAAGUUCGGGAGCAGCUAGAAGAACAAAUUACAAUUCUCAAACAUGACAAGGAAGGAAAGCCAACUCCACAGCUAAAUGGAAGUAAUAUUGAAUUAGAAGAUCUGAAGAGAAUAAUUAGGGAGUAUGAAGAAAAACUUUUAAAGUUGGAAUCAGAAGUGAAUGAGUGGCAACAACGAUACCUUGAAGAAUCCACAUUGCGACAAAUUGCAGUAGAUGCAGCAUCAUUACCAAAAGAUGCUAAAAUAGCAGCCCUGGAAAGGACCUCUCAAGAGAGUGAAAAGUUGAUUGCUCUAGUCAGAACAGAGAAACUCAAGCAAAUGGAUGAGCUGUAUGCUGCACAUAGAAAGACGACAGAAAUGGAAGGACGAAUUAAAGACCUUGAGUCAAAACUUGCAGAACGAGAUGCAAUGAUCAAAGUUCUUCAGCAGCACUCGCAAGAGAAGAACGAGGUUUUGCAAAAUGCAGUCCUUGGUCGACCUUCUUGCCAUAUACGUGCAGCCAGUACUGUAGGGUUAUCCACCAACACAUCACAUACAGCAACAACUGUUGGUUCUUCUUUGGGUGCUUCUUCUGUUAUGAAAGUUAAGUCCAGUGAAUGUUUGACCACAGUAUCAACAAAUGGUGAUUUGCCAAUUUCAAGCAACUUAAAUGAUUCGAAGAAAAGUCUUGACGAACAAAUGGAAGAGCUUGACUCAAGGUUAUCUAAUAAGGAUUCAAUAAUUCAUGCUCUAAGAGCUGAAAAACAGAGAUAUCCAAAUCACUUCUGGAGACUGUGAAGAGUUUUUCUGUUCAGAUCACUUUUGGAGAAGUUAUCAGUGAUACAUCUUGCAAGUCACUCACGAAGCAUGUUGCAAGUAGUGUACUGCCUGUCACCAAAAAUGUAGUGCCAAAAGAAAAAUGUUCCAACAGGAAACAAGACAUUAAGCUCACAUUUGACACAAGAUGAUAACAUCAGCUUUAAGUAAACAUAGUACUGUGAUUGUGUUGUAACCUUUAAUCUAACUGUACCAGUGCUGCUGUUGAAAGUAAUUUUGUAAUGUUAAAAGACUGAUUAAGUAUUUCUGUGAAGGGCUUCCACACUGUCACAUACCUGUGCUACAUUCUUAUUGCCAGGUAUACUAACAGGAAGUAUUCCAAAGUUAUAUGUUUGUCUACUGAACAUACUUGAUAUUUCAAAGUUAUGUAAUCACUUGAAACAUAUUUAUUUAAUAUUCUAAAUGUGAUUUGAAUUAUGUAACUCAGUAUUCACUAUGGUACUCAAAUCUGCUAAAGUUGCUUUGUAAAAUUAGAGAAAAGAAUAUGAAAAAGUAGUCAAAGUCACAGCCAGAAACACACCAAUAGCUUGUUUAUCCCUGGACGGGAUUAUUCAGAAUUCUCAUUGGUAUCCUUCUUGACAAAUAAAGUACUGUAUAUAUUGUAAAAUAUGUACAUGGAAAGUGGUUUUCAAGUUGUUUGUACAGAACAUGGUCUGAAUAAGUGUUUGUCACAAGUAGAACUUAUACCAUUGGUAAUUCCAUUACUUUUUAAGAACAUGUAUUUUGUUGCUUGGAUUAGGGAUCUGUUGACAUGCAGUUAAAAACUAGGAUUUCAGGAACUAUAUUGGAAUAAACGUUUUGAAAUUGGCUUCUUGCAAUUAAAAUAAAAAGAAAAUACCAGAAAUAAUUGUAUAUUCAUACAUAUUUUAUGUAGGUUUUAUACAUUUACCUGUAAAUUGUAUUAUUCCAGUCAUACUGUCAAACAUUUCUCAUGCUGAUCUGUAUUUAUGCAAUAAUUCUUAGUAACUUUUGAACUUGUAUUUAAUUUUUUACUUACUUGGAAGUUGCUAAAUUAAAUUAGUUGUUGAUUUGUUUAGUUUUCUUACAUUUUUAAACAUAGUGCAAUAAAAAACAAAUACAAAUGUGUAUACAAAUGUAAUUUUUUGUUGUUUUUUUUACUACUGGUUAAAUUAAUUAAAGUGAAACACCUUUUAAAGUCACAAGAAGGUAAGACCACCUCUAAGUUAUUAUAGUUUCUCAUGUUUGUAAACCCUAAAGAGCCUUUAAACCACUGACAUUAAUUGAAAGUUUGAGGUCUUCUUAAGAAGCAAAUGUAGAUUUAACCCUUUCUACAUUUUUGUGAAACUAAAUUUUAUUUUUGAGAUUCAAAAACAGUUAAUACUUCUGUGCCUGAUAAUCACAAACUCGCCAACUCAUUUAUUUCUAUGUUGGCCAGGUGGUUAGGGCGUUCGACUUGCAAUCUGCGGGUCACAGGUUCAUCACACCAAACAUGCUCGCCCUUUCAGCCGUGGGAGCGUUA